AUGCUGACUCCUUCGCCCUUUGGUCCUGCUGCACCUCUGCAGCAGUUUUCUGCUUCUCCUUUCCAGCCGCAGCAGCAGCAGCAGCAGCAGCAGCAGCAGCAGCCGUUUGUAUGGGGUUCUGCUGCUGCUGCUGCUGCUCCUGCUGCAGCAGCAAGUCCUUUUGGGGGGGCAUUCAGCAGCAGCAGCAGCAGCAGCAGCAGCAGCAGCAGCAGCAUAUUUGCUUCAUCUACAGUAAACCCUUUCGGUCAGCCUGCUGCUGCUGCAUCUCCCUUCUGUCCCGCUCUCUCCCCCACAGCAGCAGCAGCAGCAGCAGCAGCACCAGCAGCAGCAGCAGCAGCAGCAGCAGCAGCAGCAGCAGCAGAUGGUGUAAGCGCGGGCCCUUCUGCUUCGGCGGUUUAUAAGGGUUUAGAGAUUACAAACGAAGAAAUAAGAUGGGAGUUUUAUCAGCGCGACGAGCAGCAGCAGCAGCAGCUCAUGCAGCAACUCAGGGUUUACGCGCGAGCAAAAGCCAAGCUGGGCAUCUUAGUGUGA